AAGCUGCUGGCUCUAGGCACUCUAGGCGUUGCCCUGAAGUAAACAGCACUUUUGCAAUCGCCAAGCCUCCGGCAGUGUCUGCUUUUGCGCGCUGCUGGGACAUGGCGACGACCGUCGUGAAAGUUCACUGUGCGAAUGGUGAAAUUUACCGACUAACACUCUCAGAAGAGCCAAGCUUCCCAGCCAUCCUGAAACUGGUUUCCAAGGGUUGUCCUGAUGCCAAACUGGGUGAAGGUGGCGCUUUUCUAAAGUACGAGGAUGACGAGGGGGAUUCAUGCACGCUGGCUGAAUCUACUUUUGCUGACUUUUUGGAGCUGCAGAAGAGCAAGAACAGCCGUGUGUUGAAGCUCAAGGUGGAGUUGCCGAAAGCAAAGGACUCGGAACAGCCAGAAGCGAAGAGGAGAGAAGUUGCGGAAGCAGAUCCUCCAAGUGCAAAUGCACCGCCUGUAGCAGCGGGACCACAAGGGCCACCUCCAGGUCUUGAGGAAGCCAGCGAUUGCGGUCCUGGCGCUUGGGGCCCGCCUUGCUUUGAGCAGCGGAUUUCAGGGUCCAGCUUCUUUGCAGGACCUGGUGGCAACGGCGGAGGGCCGAAAAGACUAUUGAACGCCCUGCGAAUGCUUCAGGUCGAGCAAUUGCUGACGGAGCCGAUGUUCGCCUCGCUGGCAGUGCAGUGGCUGCCGUUGCUGACGCAGCGAGUGGCUCGCAAGGUUGACAAGAUCAACCACAUGGCCCGAGAUGGCUUGAGCAGGAAGGUGAAGGACGUGCUGCGGGGCCUUCAGGAAAAGGCUGCAGCAACACCGGGGCUGGAGCCAUAUGCAAAGCAAAUUGCAGAGGGCCUCGCUGGCAACCACAGGCUUGGCGAGGCCAUGCUAGAAAUGCUGAAGGCUCUCCGUGGGCUGAGCUUUGAGGUGCAGACCGGCUUUUGCGAGCGGCUCGCCGAGAGUCUUUUGCCCAACCUGGAGGAGCUGGCAAAACUCGUCACCGGCGACGAAUGUCCUGGGUAUGUUGGCUGGCAGCCUGAUACCGGUGUCCAAUGCCAGAAUUGCAAAAAUCCCAUUGCCGGCCCACGCUUCACAUGUUCAGCAUGUCCCUCCUAUGACUUGUGUGGCAACUGCUAUCCGCAGAAGAAUCAACUCCACGGGGAGUGCCCUGGUUGUCGCAAGGAUUUCCAGUGCACCAUUUUCCCAGGAAAAGGGAAAGGGAAAGGAUGCGAAAAAAGGGAGAAAGGAUGCGACAGGAAGGGCAUGGGCAAGGGGCCACGACAACGUUUCUGCCAAGGUGGCUGGCCGCUCUUUCUCAACCACAUGAACUCCAUGGAAAAUCUGUGGAAGAGCCAAAUAGGCGGAAUACCAUCCCCCUUUGACCCGAUCCCGAGCGCGCUCUUCAAUGCGUUGGGUGUGGCGGAGGGACAGGACUGCACCUGGCCGUUUCCCAAAGGUUUUGGGAAGGGAUGUCAAUCAGUCUCAAGCUCAAACGAGCUUGGGCAAGAAUCCCAGUCGGAAAAGCAAGCUGCUUCACUGCGCGAGACGCUCCAGAAUGUCCCCAAGGAGCAGCAGGAUCUCGUACUUGACACUCUACGCGGAGUCCAACUGCCAAUUUCUGGAUGGCCAUGACUGAGUGGAUCAUAACUGCCCAACUACACCAUAGCACGAGUUUAUGCUGUUGUCCCAUAUCGUCCAGCCAUCA